UAUAAACGACAGCCUGGCCUAACAGAAACAACGGUCGUCUGCGAAACUUGUGCUGUCUUCUGCAAGUACGCUGUAGCUGACACAGUGAAGAGCAUCAGCCAAUCAUGAAGGUCCUUCUGCUGUUACUCGUCGUCAUUGGAUUGGCGGCAGCUGAUGCCUUGCCUUGGAAGGGACGUAGAAGUGCUGAUCCCGUGCUGGAACUUGAUCUUUUCGGUAGAAGUGCUGAUCCCGUGCUGGAAGAAUAUCUUAAACGUAGAAGUGCUGAUCCCGAGAAUUCAAAGUUCAAGGCACGUGAAGCAUCUCCUGGCUAUUUGCUGGAAGAAUUUCUUAAACGUAGAAGUGCUGAUCCCGUGGCAGCAGCUUAUUACGUGCCUGCGAGGGCUCGUAGAAGUGCUGAUCCCGGUCGCUGCUUUCUAUGCUGAGAGAAGAGGCCACAAAGGGUGACGAGCGACAAUAAAAGCACCUGGUAACCAAGCUCGAAAUGACGUUUUGCUCUUUUUCUUCGUGUCAACCGACCACACAAAUAAACGGCACAUGGAGAGAUUACUAAA